AUGGACGAGAAGGACAUCAUUAGUGAUUUUAGUGAGAGCAAUUCCAGUGGAGUGAAGUGGCUGAAAACCAGACUGCCGAGUGUCAGAGAGAAUUCUUCGGAGAGCCACAAUUGUGCCAAAAGCAUCUUGACCUCAGACAGGCUCCAGGUAGUUGUGAUGCUUUCCGAGUUCUUCAAUGAGACCUGGGAGGCAGCCAACUGUGCAAAUUGCUUAAAGAACAACAGUGAGGGCUUAUCAGAUUCUACUGAAGAAUUCCUGGAAUUAUUCAAUAAAUCUCUGACAUGUUUUGAACAAAACCUGCAGGGAGAAGCUCUCGACCUGCCGCCAAGCAACUACACCGAGGUGUGCAAGAACUGCAAUGCCACCUACAGAAUGCUGAACGAGCGCUAUAACUACCUGCAGCGGAUGAACCGGCAAGGCGGCGAGGCGGGACACUCAGCACACUUGUGCAUAGACGUGGAAGAUGCAAUGAACAUCACUCGGAAGCUUUGGAGCAGGACUUUCAACUGCUCCGUGCCCUGCAGCGACACAGUCCCAGUGAUUGCGGUUUCAUCCUUCAUCCUCUUCUUGCCCGUUGUUUUUUACCUGAGCAGCUUCCUUCACUCCAAGCAGAAGAAGCGCAUCCUGAUUCUGCCCAAGCGUAUCCAGUCAAAUGCCAGUCUCGUGAACAUCCAAGAAAAAUACAGCUGAGCUGCAAAACAAAACCUGAGAACUGCUGCUGGUAUACAGUGGGUACAAUUGUGUUGGAAUGAGGCCGGCACAAAAGAGGAGUUAAUUAUGGUUUAGUAUAAUGAUACAGAGCAACACAAGUUAAACAAAAUGCUGUCUGACUUCUAAGCGGGGAUAUUAACAAACAUGACAAGGCAGGGCUGUGUGACACUGUAUGGACUCUGGUUUUGAAAAUUGUGUGUGUUUUUUCAGGCUCAGGCUGAAGGUGAUGCUUUUUUCUGUCUCUUAAGCUUUUGUAUUUCUCAUCAGCAGAGUAGUUGCAUUUCCCUUGCAUGCUUUUUUCCUCUUUGCUUUUCCAUAUUUAUUUCACAAAAAUCUGUCGCGCCGCUGCCUACCUUUCUGAACUGAGAUCCUUAGUCUUUCCAAGGUGAUUCUUGCAGAAAGGAAAAGCUUGAAAUUAUUUUUGAUGUUCCUGUUUGAAGUGUUACGUUUAAUUCCAAGCAGCAGUCAGUCUUGUCAGAUCUUGGAUGUAUGGGAGACCACUUAAAAAAAAAAAAAAAAAAAAGUUGUUGCUAUUUCUAAUACCUCUCUCUAAAGCCAUGCUGCUGAAUUGAUUGUGAUGGUCUCUAAAAAGCAUGAAGCAUGCAGAGGAAGUGGUAAUAUAUUAUGUCCAACGCCAGCAACAAAAGCAACAAAACUGCCAGUGCUAGACAUGAAUAGUAAUCAUUGAUGACUACAGUAUUCAGCUAUCUCUGAAACAGGCAGCAUAUUUAGGCACUCGCACGCUUAAACCACUAAAAUCACUGCUUUUCAAAUGUUAAAUUUUCAGAGGCUUAUUUUAGAUGUCUGCCUGUGCAACUGAAUGCUUCACUGUGUAUCUCUAUUGAGUUGUUUCCUUUCCCUUUUCAAUUAUAAAGUCUAUUUUCUAUGAUUCUUUUUUUUCCCCCUCUCUUUUGCUUUGGAAAAGCAGAAGUGAGGUAAAGCAGAGACACUGGAGAUGUUGAAUUUCCUGCUCUAGAGAAUUUUUCUGGCUCACAGAGGUAUGAGCAUGAAUUACUGUAGAGAAGAUGUCAUAUUUUAGCAGCAAAUGAAUCAGGACUUUGUCUAACAUAAAAAUUGUCCUGAAGAACUGUGGUGGGAGUUGAUGACUUUCAAGAAACACGUUUGAAAAUUGACCCUGUGUAGUAGAUGAGUAGAUUGAGCCUUGCACUAGCAGAAUAACUGCAGGGAUGAGCGGUGCUCCUGGCGCUGUGUGGACACGGUUCAGCCGUAGCAAUACCAACAGUAUUGGUGGUGCUGAUCUGGGAGAGUGCUGGAUUGAAACAGCUCAUAGUUGCACUUAAACUUAACAAAUACCAGAGCCUUUGCUCACAUUUGUAUGUGUUUCGUAACUGUGAGAUUAAAUGUGAGUGGCCAUAUUGGCUGAAAAAAUGAGUUUCUCUGAGAGUCUGUGCUCACAAACUUCUAUCACAAACUUACCAAAUAGUCUUUUGUAUUUGACUUGCUGUGGGACUUAAUCUGCUGAACUUUUCCAGUGCACAAAGGCUGAAUAAAUACCCAACAAAACAGUCCUAAAGCUCUUCAAGUCACCGAUUCUGUUGGGGUUUUUGAAAUUUGGACAUACCGUGAGUUUGAAAGUCACGUUAAAGUGUGUUUAGUGUUAAGUAAAAGAGUGUGAUAGUUUGUCUCACCCACAUGAUUACUUUAUUGUGUUUUGCCUCUAAGAGUACUUAUUGCCCUCUGUUUCUCGUGGGAAUUGCUGGGUCAACACUCAGCUUGUUCUGGGUAGUUUGUGACAGCAAUAGAAAAUGGUAUUUGUCUUGCUUAGCACGUGAAGUUGUCUUGUGGCUGAGAGAGGCACGCUGCCUUAAAUGAAAAUGUUAUUUUUGCAUCUCUUAUUCUUAAACUUUAACUUCGGGGGACUUACUCAGCUGCCUCCCCUAAUAGCAUUACGUUGAUUUGGGGCAUCAUAUGAUUGAGGGCUGUUCAAAGCAAUCUUUCAUUCAUGCAGAUAAAGCCAAUUUGUAUGUGCAGCGUUUCAGAAUGACAGCUUUUAUACUGUAAGCAGUGGCUUUUUGAGCACAUUCAUGUUAAGUAGGUCUGAAAGUCAUUACUUCUGGAUAUGGUGGUUAAGCACUUUAUUAUUUAAAAAAAAAAAUCAGCUUUUCUUACAUCCCUGGCUGCUAAGCUAAAAGGAAAUACUCAUGUGAUUUUUGUUGUUGUUGUUUUUUAUUUUAAAGCAACAGUAAAGUUUGCACUUGGUUUUUGAUCUUGCAUCUCCUUUUUUUUUUUUUUUUCCCAGACUUUGUAGUACUAACUUUCUUUAUACAGUGUUACAUUUUUGUAGGCUAUUUCGUAUCUAAGUUAAUGUCUUUGCRCUCUGUUUCUCAGAGAAAUGUGGAAGCACACAGGCUGUGUGAAGGAGAACUAAAAUUCUUUUUGCUGCUAAUCUUUUCACCUUGG